CAAUCACAGAAGCUAUCUCUCUUCUACCUUCUCUCCCUCCCACGACUUACUUCACGACCAUCUUCCCUGUGAAGCUACGACUCGCUCCUGGUCUUACUCUUCUGCUUCCGCUUCCGCCUCCACAUCCAGCACCGGUAGGAUGUCAUCAGUAGACAAGGCCGCUUCUGCCGCUGAACGUCCCGGCUCGUCCUCCUCCGUAAAGGAUGGCGCCCCCUUCGGCGACGACGUCAAGCAUCAGCUACCGUCCUCGUCAUCGUCCUCCGGAUCCGAGGAAGGCAAUGCUGGCCAAGCCAAGGACCUCGCCCUCACCCCAGCCUACACGGGGAAGCGCUCAUGGUGGAGGGCCACCUUCACGCAGGCCACCAUCUUAGGUGUGUGUUCGUUCCUCAGUCCUGGUAUCUGGGGAGCUAUGAGUGCCACUGGAGGUGGUGGACAGUCUUCCGCUGCAACGGUCAAUGCUGCCAAUGCAAUGACAUUCUGCUUGAUGAUCGUCACCUCAUACCUGACCUCAUCGCUCAUCAAUCUUGUCAAUGUCCCCAUCGCUCUCGCAAUCGGUACUUCUGGCUACAGCAUCUAUGCCGCCGGUCUCUAUCUGUCCUCGAAGACCGACGGCGCGGUCACCUGGCUCGUACUUGUCGGCGCAGCCGCCUGUGGUAUUUCGGCUGGUUUCUUUUGGUCCACCGAGGGAGCUGUGAUUCUUUCGUACCCGGAGACUGAUCGCAAGGGAAAGUACAUCAGCUACUGGCUCAUGUUCCGAGUCAUGGGACAACUCGUCGGAGGAGCCAUCAACCUUGGGCUGAAUGUCAACAACAACGAGGCUGGCAGUCUUGCGCCAAACACUUUCAUUGUGUUUGUGGUGCUGCAAUGUCUGGCGCCCUUUAUCGCGCUACUCAUCUCCAAGCCGCAUCAAGUACAGCGUCGCGAUCGCACCCCUGUCAAGAUGAACCUCACGGGUUCCGUACGCUCCGAGUGCAUCGCCGUCUGGAGACUGAUCACAAAGCGUGAAGUCCUUCUUCUAUUGCCUAUGAUCUGGCAGACGACAUUCAGUGAAAGCCUGAUCUUCACUUACAAUUCCGAAUAUUUUUCAGUACGCUCUCGCGCUUUAGGCUCCUUCCUCUCGGCCAUCGUAGCAGUCAUUGGUAAUUACCUCCUUGGCUUCUUCCUCGAUUGGAAGAAGGUGAGCAUCAACCGUCGUGGGACCAGCGCGUUUCUGCUUGUCUACAUACUCCAAGGAGCCUGGUGGAUCUACUCUGUUGUCAUCCUCAAUGAGCUCCAUCGCAACCCGCCCGCUGAGCCUUUUGACUGGUCCAGUCAAGGGCCAUUUGCCCGCCACUUUGCGCUGUUCAUUGUGCAAGUGCUGGGCUUCAACAUGAUGUACGAGUAUACCUACUGGGUGAUGUCCGCCCUCUCCCCUGAGAAUUCGCCCGAGCUAGUCAGGCUCGCGUCCAUCGUGAGGGGUGUCGAGUCGGCGGGCCAGGCCCUGUCGUAUGGGAUCAACGCGACAUCUUGGCGCAUGGAUGCUGUGGCAGGUCUCAACUUUGGCUUCUAUGGCCUCUGUCUGCUUCCAGCCUGGAGCGUUAUCCGUCACGUAGGACUCAACGUUGACAAGAAUGGACACGUGGUCGGUCAGGUCAAGGGAGUCGGAGAAGAGAGGGCGCAAACCGAGAAGGCGGUGGAGUGAGCGGAAGGGGUGCGUAGCUCGAUCUGGACGCUUAGACCUCGAAGUUCAAAGUUGAACGCCUACGGAUCAUCGUUGUCACAAGUCUCUCGUCUAUGCAAUGUAUUAUGGUAAUGUGGCGAAAUGAAAGCUAAAAGUAUUGUUGGCGUCGCUAUGUAGCGCGCUCACAUGCCGGCCUUGCGAGCCACGGCUUUGAC